UUUGCUCUGCGCCUUCCGAAACCAGAUACUCUCCUGCCUCACCAAAUAUUAAAUGAGGUCGCUUCCAUAUCCUUGAUAUCCGCACGGUGUCCAAAUAUUCCAGUCCCCAAGAUAUACGCAUUUCGCGCUGACGGACUGAACCCAUUUGUUGCUCAAGAAUACAUCGAUGGCGAGCCUUUGAGUAGUAUAUGGACUCGCUAUACUGAGGCGGAGAAACACUCAGUCGCCCUGAAGAUAGCUGAGAUAAUUGUUGAUAUGGCGGGGACGCGUUUCAGUGCUAUAGGCGGAUUUGCCAGUCCCACAAGCCAUGCCCUUGGACCGACCGUAGAGGGAAGCAAGCUUUUCAAGGGACGGGGUAAAUUUCAUUCCAAUAGAUGCUACCCCAUCGGUCCAUACGAAACCACAAAGGAAUACAUUCUCGCUUGCUACGACAAAGAGAUAUACUAUUAUACUCAUGCCCCCGCGUCCGAUAUCGAUACCGAUUUUUUCGAACUCACAUCUGUCGAAGAUUUUGUGCAGCAGCUACGAGUUAAGAAGUGUCAGCUAGAGACCAGCUUCGUCGCUGAAGACGAGCCAUUUGUGCUCGUGCACGGAGACUUUCACGGUCGGAAUAUCAUCAUGCGCGGUACGCAGGUGCAAGCUGUCCUUGAUUGGGAGUUCGCAGGUGCGUAUCCUUUGGGUGAGUUAUUAGGAGGGAUGGGUGUCGAUGUCCUGGAAGUUGUCGACGACAAAUCAGAAGAGGGUCAAGCAAGGAUAGAGAUGGUUCCGGCUGAUCCUUGA